UCCGUCGCCUUCCGUGAAACGGUGCCGGAGCCAUUCGAGGCCCGGCGGGGCGAGGAGCCGGAGCGCGAGCGGGGUGGGCGGGACGGGCCGAGGCCCGCGGCGGCUGGUGUUCGCUCUGGGGAGGGCGGCGGCAGGAUCCAAGGCCCGGCCCUCCGAGAAACAACAUGGUGUCGUGCAUCAUUUCCCGGGUCGUCGUGUUGGUCUGUGGAAUGCUGUAUCCUGCUUAUUAUUCCUACAAAGCUGUAAAAACAAAAAAUGUCAAGGAAUAUGUGCGGUGGAUGAUGUAUUGGAUUGUGUUCGCUCUUUAUACGUUUACUGAAACAUUAACUGACCUCUUGAUCUCUUGGUUUCCACUAUAUUAUGAACUGAAGAUUGCUUUUGUUGUUUGGUUGCUGUCUCCAUAUACAAGAGGGGCAAGUUUAAUAUAUAGGAAGUUUCUUCAUCCUCUUCUUUCUUCAAAAGAAAGGGAGAUUGAUGAGUACAUUGUGCAAGCCAAAGAACGUAGUUAUGAAACAAUGGUGAAUUUUGGUAAACAAGGCUUAAACUUAGCUGCUGCUGCUGCAGUGACUGCAGCUGUAAAGGGUCAAGGAGCAAUCACAGAGAAGUUGCGGAGUUUCAGUAUGCAUGACCUCACAGCAAUACCAGAUGAUGAGCCAAUAGGACAAAGGCACUAUCAGACUUUGCCUGCUACCAAAAAGAAAAGCAAGACCUCGAUUCCCAAUGAGCCUGAUAUAGGUUAUGGUAUUCCAAUAAAAAGGGAUUCUGAAGAUGAUAAAACAGAUGAAGAGAGGGAAGGGACAUAUUCAGAAGAUGAGAUGUUUGCUCAAAGAGGUCUCCGUCGAACACAAAGUAUGAAAUCUGUAAAGACGAUAAAAGGACGCAAAGAGCUGCGAUAUGGCUCGCUAAAAUACAAAGUGAAGAGACGGCCACAAGUAUACUUCUAAUCUACAGAGUUCAGCUAAAAGCAAACAUCUGUACUAAUAGUUUUCUGCUGUGUUCUGAUCCUGUGUCCUCUUCCCAUUCUCUGAGAAACAGUUGGCAUUUAUGGAUUCCUAUUCUCAACACACGGCUUUAUUUCAGUUACACAAGAGAAAGGAAAAGACCACCUGGAUGCAUGUUAUGCUUUGGUUUCACAAAUACCAAAAAUUAAAUUAUAUAUUUUUUCUUUUAAGAGAGAAACAUAUUUAGCCAAUUUUUACUAAAUGAAACUUUUGAGAAUAUAUGGGUAGCUCUUUAGAUUUCUGUGCUUCAUGAAUUAAAUAAUUUCAUGACAGAUUCUUAAUUGUGCUUCAAUAGCUGAGUAUUUUAAAUGUUAGCUGAUGUCCAGUGCUUAAUAAAAAUUACACAUCUGUAGAAUUUCUGUACUAUAUUGGGCAUCUUGUUGUUGAAGACAUUGUAUUUUUAAGUUUCUCAAGUCGAGAGCGUGAAAAAUUGAAGAACACAGGGCAUAUUUUGCAAGUAAUCCUCUGAAAGAGUUAUUUAAGAUCAUGGAAAAGGGUUCACCACCUCAUAAAACCAGCCAUUUUCUUUGAGGAAUUCCUCUCAAUGCCCUGUGAAAUGAAGACAUUUUUGUUGGGUUCGUUUGUUUCUAUGCAGCUUUUCUAUUGUUUACUGUAAUGGUUUGAGAUGGCCGUGCAUUUAGCAUAGCUGAUGAUGAAAAUCAUAGUAGUGUUUCUGUACACUCAGCAAUUUAUAUUCCUUCCUUCCUUCCUCCCUCCCUCCCUCCCUUCCAUCCAUCCAUCCAUCCAUCCAUCUAUCCAAAUAAGUUCUGCACCAGCAGGGAUCUGCUGUCCAGAUUUUUAUGCAAACUAUCUUACACCAUUCCUUGUAGAUGACAAGAAUUGAAGCUUGAAACUUCUGUAUGCAAAAUAUUGUUCUACUAAUUAAUAUCUUUAAACUACUACUUAUGAGUGUACUGAAAUAGGUUAAAGGAUUUCAAAGAUAUCAUUUGAAAUUGAAUUCAGUUUGCCUAUUAUGUGUAAAAAGGAAUAGGAAUAUGUUGGACAAAAAACAUCAGAUUCUGCAGUCAGAUAUGUUUUAUCAUGUAUUGAACAAAUUUAAUAUGAAAACUACCAUUUAACCAGCACUUUUGCACACACAAAAAAAAAUUGCAAAAAAAAUUGAAUUUUGUAGGUGUUUUCAAGAAAUCUUACAUUUUGUGUGUUUUUUUAAGUGUUGUUUUGGUGACUGUGGCUUAUCUACAUCAAAGCAGAAGGAUUCAUAUUUGGGCUGUGCUUAGAUAUUGUAAGAGAGAUAGGAGAAAACUAGAGUACCUCCAUUGUUCGACUAGUAGGCUAGUCAAAGCCUCUCUGUGCAGAUGGCAUUGACUGCUUGUUUCAUCCUUUUCUCACAACAAAAUCUGAAAUUCUUUUAAAGCCAUGCAUGUAUUUAAAAGUCUGGUUUUGAAUUGGUAGUUUGGAAAACAUUGCGCUUUGCUAGUUUCUUGAAAGAUGAUUUUGCUUUGCUGGUCAAGAAAGUCUUCAUAUCUUUAGUAUUGCAUCAGGAUGUAAAAAUCAUGUCAAGUACUUUUUAAAUAGUAUUUAACAAUUAAUGAAAUGAGAUCAAUAGUUUUAGGCUUAUCAUAGCUAUUAAUCCUAGCAACAUUUUAAAAAGAAUGCUUGAAAAAAUGGAUUUUUUUUCACUUGAAACUAGGCUUUAAGGAAAGGUAAAUAAAUCUCAAAGGAAGAUUGGAUUAAAAAGAUUGGAUUAAAAAGAAAUUUACAAAAAAUACCAGGCAAUAUAUAUAUAGUGUUCUUUGGAGAAGAGCUAACAAUUCAGUGUGGAAUCCUGGAGGUCUAUCCAAUAUAAGAAAGUAAAUUAUAGUUUCUGUAUUAUUUUGGGCAUCAGAAAUAGAUUUUAUCUCAGAAAGAGAGCCUGCUUUUACAUUUCAUUGUAUUUAUUAGUGUUAUGUUGGGUACAGGAAGAAUAGAAUGUGAUUAAAAGGCAUACAAUAGACUCAAUAUGUCCUAGCAUUUAUCUUUCACAAGUUUUUCCUUACUCUAGACCUAUGAUUGGUAAACUUUAUAUUAGAUAAGAAAGAGAAUAUUCAUCUUAGUUGCAUGUUUCCUUUAAAGACAUUUGUCACUUUAUAUAGAAAAGGUCACAGUACUAAGUCAGACAAAUAGUCAUCCUAACUUGCCUCUUCCACCAGAUCAGACCAGAUUUAAAUAAUUAUUAAGUUGGCAUUUUAGGCUUUAAAAAAAUGAUCAAGGUCUUGUCAUCUUGCUAUCCAUGUUACUGUAUAAGAUACUUCAGAAGCUUCAGGGAAUAAAGAGUGUUUCCUCUCUAGAAGCCAGAGAGGCAUGGGUGUUUUAUGUUGUCAGGGCUAUAUUUUGUGAGCAUUUUGCAUUUACUUGUAAAGUGUUAAAAGCUGAAAAUUUGUUACUUAACUCCAUCCAUUUUUUUAAAAAAAAAUCUGUUUCUGUGGGUAUGUGAGUUUUCAAUAGUGUAGUAGUUUCUUUAAAUAUCAGUCUUAAAUGACAAGAUAAUUAUUAACUCCUUAAUAUGAACUGAAAAUGGAGCAGAGGGUAGCCUGCAGAUUGCCCACUUUUCAUAUAACUGGUGUUGCCAGAGUAGGUACUUAAAUUUCUGUCGCUAGUUCUGAGUAGUUCUAGCCUGCAUGGCCAAUAUUCAGGGAUAAUGAGCAUUGUAACCCCCAAUGUCUGGAAUUCACUUAGGACUCACUUUGGUGCUCCUCCCCCCAAGUAAUGUAUAAAGUAGAAACCUUUUUAAUAUGGGUGCAUCUUAAGGAAAUCUCUUGCUCUGCAAAUUCCCACAACAUAGGCAUUGAGGCAUCAAAAGACUCAGGACUUUCCAUGAAACUACAAGUAGCAUAAUAUUAAAAAUAGGUAUAUUUCAUUGAACUAAAUGCCAUUGUGACUACCAUCCAACUUAUUUUUAACUUCAUGGCAAGAUAAAUUCUAAAAUAUAAUGUAAUAGUUCUACCAUACUGAUUUACCUGCUUUAACCAAGAUACAGGGGCUUCACAAGGUCAAUGUACUAGCAAGCAUUAUGCAAAAAAUAUGCAAAGGGAACAAUAGACUUCUGUUUAAUAACUUUUAACAAAUGCAAUUUCAAUAUUCAGAUUCAUAGUUUUAAAGUCUAAAGCUAACUUUUCUAUCUGUAAUAGAUUGUAAACUUGUUUAUGUAUUUGUAGUACUAAGAUAUGUCUUUUUCUAAACUUUUGUACUGAUACUACUGUAUCGUCAUAAUUGCUAUUUUUGAAGAUGCAAACGAAGGCUUAUAUUUUAAAAGUAUUAAUAAAAUGAAUAUUUUCCA